GCCAAGUGACAAGCUUAUCAACUGCCCCCGCCGCAUGACUACAACUGCCAGCAUGUCCUUACUACUCUGCUGGCCUCCAGUAUCUCAUCCUUCAUCUCAGCAUGUGGCUGACACGAUUGGCUUCUCACCUGAGUACAGCUUCAAGGCUUGCAGGAUGUCUGGCUCCUCGCUGCGCAGCCACAAGUCACAAGACCCUGUUUGCAUGUUAUAGCACACAGCAAACUCAGAGACAGCGAAUUCCUCCCCCUACGUGGUGCUCCCUGGAACCGGAACUGGAUGAUCUACUGGUCCCUCGCAGGAUGUCCAUCAGUCCCUUAGAGAGUUUACUCUCCUCCCGGUACUACCUCCCUAAGCCUCUUGGCACCUCUGAUACCCAGGAGAAGCCAGAAGAACAUGAAAGAAGCUAUGACUGCCCCGCCAGUCAGGACACUGACCAUACGGGAGAGGAUGAGGGGAACAGGGGUGCGAUGCAGUGUAAGAAUGUGCUGAAGAUCCGGCGGAGGAAGAUCAACAAACACAAGUACAAGAAGCUGCAGAGGCGCAUUAAGUUUCUCAGGAAGAAAGUGCUGGAUAAGCGCCGAGUAAGGAGACAGAAAAAUUUUGAGAAGGAUUUAGAAAAAAUCUGGAGAAGAGCUGGACUGAAAAAGGCCCCAGAUGGUUGGAUCACUCCAAAAAUUUUUGUGAAAUAUUGACCUCUUGAGAGUGCUGCUUUUACUAGAAUUUAUUGUAUAAUAAUAAUAAUAAAAUAAUUUACACUA